AUGUCUGAAGUAUCCUCCAAGAUGUCUGAUCUCCACUGGUUGCUUCAAAAUUCUCGAAUUGUCAUAAUUGUACGCGAAAUUUAUGCUGUCGACAAUUUGGAGCCAGCUCCUGACGCUUUUGGUAGGAGGCCGUACUACGAGAAACGAAGGUACGCAUCCAAUGGCGCAGUAAUUAUUGAAUCAGAGCAAUUAAUUAAAUCCUCAACUCUCGCAGUUGAAGGGCCCUCAAAUGAAACACCCGUUUUGGAGCGCCUAGCCCCUGAUACUUCGGAUCGGCUUUUGGCAGGCGGUAAUACGAGUAACGGAGGUAACGCAUGUGGAAUACGCAUCCAAGGCAAUGGCUCAGUUCGUAUGGAGGGGAGGAAUAGCUUUGGCGUCUCUGGGUCAAAAAAUUCUACUGGGAUAGCCGUGGACGAUAGCGGCAGGGUCGAGAUGACAGCUACAAGCGAUACAAGUCUCGACGUCAACGGACAAGGUAACGUAUAUGGAAUGCGCACCCGAGACAUUGGCGCAGCUCGUAUGGAGGGGAGGAGUGACAUUGUCGUCUCUGGGUCUCAAAAUGCUACUGGGAUAGCUGUGGAAAACAGCAGCAGGGUCAAGAUGACACCUACAAGCGAUACAAGGAUCCGCGUCAACGGACAAGACAGACGGCCUCUCGGAACCUUCAGAAAGCUGUGGCUGAUGUGGUUGGGGUGCGGAGAGAAGGGGAUCGAUUUGAGUAAGGAUGUCGUCGUCGUCGAGUCCGAGGCAAAAGUAUUGCCAACCCUUCUCAUGGCAUCGACAUCGCAUCUCAAGUGCCUAACGCGCACACAUAUCAGCGACAUCUUUUCUUCCGAGCUGGCCGGGGAGGAUAGGAGUGUAGACGUUGGGACAGUGGGCCGGGCUACAAACUCCGUCGUGUUGGAGGAGCAGAGUACGUGGAUCUGCGGUAGAAGUCAGCUACGUGUCCUUCUCCUCGUUUGGAAGAAGGACGGGCAUGAGCCUCAGGCUGGUGUUGUGAUUGGUGGUCGCUUGAGUAGGGUUGAAUUUGGGUUAAGAAGCCAGGAAUUAUCAAUCUCCUUGUUCCUCCAAGUCCGACCGGCUCGCUCCAUAACACCUGCGCACAACCUGCGCAACACCUGCGUUGACGUCGACUACGAGACCUCGCACUCCCAAUGCCCACUGAUGAAAGACGACCGUCGUAUGGCGAUGAUGGAGAGCCAACUAGGCUACCAGGAAGCGACCCACAUUAUAUACUAUCGGUUAUACACCAAAGAUGGUCCACUCGAAUCAAACAGCCUCAUCUACUCCAACGACCACUUUAUUAGCCGGAUCGUGUCCUCAUCAGUGAGACCCCCUCACACCGCCGCCUCUCUGAUGAGGUAUCUUUGCAAGAUGGAGGGCCUAGCGCUCCAAAAGUGCAUCUUAUUUCAGUCUCUCUCGGAACUGACAGCUUUGGAAAAUUCGAUCCACCUCCCGCUUCGGGGGACUACUGGACCAGGCGCAUCUGAUCUAGAUCCAAUGGCACUGGUUGUUGAUAAAUGCCCCACAGAGAGGAGAUCACAGGUCACGAGCGGGGUAGAAACACAAGAGCUGUUCGAACGGGAACAACGUUACGUGUACUAUCGCGUUUACGACGAUGAUGGUGAGAUUGUCUCAAAAAGGUCUUUCGACGAGAACAAUCCCUCUUUGGGCCGUGUCAACACUCUUUCCGUGCCCCCGCCUCACACUGUGUCUUCCUUGAAAAAUCACAUCGUCAUAUCCGAAGGUCUAUUCGGCCACAAUGUUAAGCUAUUUGAGGAUGAGGGCAACGAGUCUGCCAUGAAUGACAGUGAUGCGCUCACACUUCUCUCAGAAACGUUCCCAGGAUGUAUAGAAGACCGACCCAUAGCAAUUACAUAUGAAUCAGGAACGGAAAAUGGUUCAGCUGACAACGACGAUCCGAAUGAGAUCCAGAUCCGAGAGCUGAAGGAAGCAUUGGCACAGAUCAAGAGAGAAUUUGAAGAAGCAAACCUAACACACGCGCGUGAGCUUGAUGAGGUGAGAGAGGCAUGGAAACAGGCGGAAGAGGCACACAAGCGCGAGAUAAAUUGGGCUAGGCUAGUGAAUAUGCAUGCUACAUGGCGGCAAACUCCUCUGGGAGACUGGCUUAACUACCCCCUACCACGUUCAAGCGCCGAUUUUCGAAGCUUUCGAUGGUUAAUAAAGUACUAUCUUCCAGUCUACCCCCCAGACGCGCAGCAAUCCACUAAAUUCUCAACUUUCGCGCUUGAAGGUGGCUCACGGGCAUGCAGAAUAUCCAUUUACAAUAGCACAGUUCAAUUUAAGGGGAAGAAUGCCAAGAUUGACAUCGCCGGGUUUCAUGAGUCUUAUGGAAUAGUCAUGAAGGGCGGCAGCAAGGUCGAUAUGGAAUUUGGAAACAAGAAGGCCCCCCUCUCUCGGCGACGAAGGAAACGGAACGACCGAUUUUUACGUGCGCGUAUGCACAGGAUCGGCAUACCGGAGUUGCCGGUCCGCCUCGACUAUUCAACACUCCCCCUCAACUCCGAAUCUAUGCCGAUGCGAGACGUGAAUCUCUCAUUGGUUGUCGAUAUUCAGUAG